AUCCAAAAGCACCCAACCCAAUCGCACCGACCCGAUCGCAGCCCGAGCCCCAAAGAAUGAAAGGCCACCGCUUCUCCCGAACCACCCUUGCCCUGGUCCUCGCUUUCGUGGCGCUGGCCGCAACCGCCGCAAGGGCCUUUGCUCCGUCCACRAGGUCCCGGGCCCGAGGUGCGGCCACCGAGCUGAACUCGAUGUGGCGGAACUGGAUCCCCCGGACCAGCGGCUUUCUGGACGUGGCGGUGGGCGAGCGCCGGGGCGCMAGCGCCAGCGGAAACCGCUUCCCRGAGAAGGACCCCUCCCCCGGCGACCCAUCCCCCGGAAGGGACCCGAAAAGCGUCUCCCUCGUCUCGGAGCGGCCCGCAAGCCAGCUCCCCACCCCUGGGUUCCUCCCUUCCGCCACCGCGGCCGUUCUGGCCCUGUCGCUGGUCUUUUCGGCCCCCGCCCUGGCCGUCAGCGGGGGCGGCCUCGACUUUGCCGGCCUGGACAUUUCCAACCAGGACUUUUCCAACCAGAACUUCAAGGGGAAGGACUUUACGCAGGUCCUGGCCCGGAACACCAACUUUGCCGGGAGCAACUUUGUGGGCUGCCGGUUCCCCAAGGCCUACCUGAUCAACGCCAACUACGAGGGGGCGGACCUCCGGGGGGUCUCCUUCGAGGGGACCAACAUGGAGGGGGUCAACCUCAAGGUCCGUGUCUGUGUCUGUGUCCGUGUCCGUUUCUGUAUCUUUGCUAAGCGAAGCGUAGCGUGCCUCUUGGGUUGUCCGAGUUGUCUUCCGCGACGGAAUGGCUGCCCAAGCCGGGAUCGCCCCGGCAAGGAAUGAAAUAUCCUCCGUGAAUUCGUCUCGGGGAAGGAACCAACACGGAGAACCGGUUCAAGCACGCUUGUGUUGCACCCCUCUGCUUCGUUUCUCACCCAACGCGUUUUUUGGUUUUGUCCUCUCCGCUGAAUUUUGCCCGUGGUCACCAUGAUUGCCGCCGCACAAAUCUGUCGAAUGCAUACCGCCAAUCCACACUCACACCCGCACGCACCGAUGCCACCCCCUGUUCAUUCCUUUUGCCCCCGGUUGGUUUGGUUGCCGUCCAGAACGCCAACGUCGCCGGGGCCUAUUUCGGCGCGACGAUCAUCGACGCGGGCAGCAUCGAGAACGCCGAUUUCACCGACGCGCAGUUCCCCCCCAAGACGCUGGCACUCAUGUGCGACCGGCCCGACAUGAAGGGGACCAACCCGGCCACCGGGGCCGACACGAGGGAUUCCGCCAUGUGCCCGUAGCCGCGCUUUGCCGUGCCGUGCCGUGCAAGAAUGGACGGGGAGUCUCGCCGUGGACKACGGGCUCCAACGCACACACGGCAAACAAAUGCAAAUGCAAAUU